AUGGUUGUCAAAAAGCACAAGUGCUAUCGGGACCCUGGCUCCAUUUCCCGACUCUGUGGACAGAAGAGAUUUAAGAGCAAGGAGAGUAGUAAGGACAUGAGGACUGAGGGUCAGGAGCCGGAGUCCUGGUGGCUGGUCUCCUGCAGAAAUACAGGGGGGCUGGCUGCUGACAUGAUCGUUGUUGAGGGAGCUUAUAAGGAGAAAUGGGAAGUCCCAGGAUUCUUUGGCAGGCUGAAAAGGUUCCUGACAGAGAGAGAUGCUGAUAACUAUCCAUUUGAGUCAGCUCUCACGGAAAAAGAGGUAUUGGAAAACCAUCAAGCCAUGUCGAACGAACCCAGACGGUUAUUAUUUACAUUAUAUAUGCUCCCACUGGGCAAAGUUAUUAGAAAACACAAUGUGAAUUUUCAUUGUUAUGCGGAUGACACGCAGCUCUUCAUAUCAGCCAAACCUGAUGACAGAGUGAGAUUAAAGAAAAUCGAGGAUUGUGUAGAAGAUGUAAAAUCAUGGAUGUCGCACAACUUCCUCCUAUUAAAUAGUGAUAAAACAGAAGUUCUCCUAUUAGGCCCCAAAGCUGCUAGAAAUAAAUUAUCAGACUUAAUGCUAAAUCUGGCUGACUUCUCAGCCACCCCUGGUUCAGCAGCUAAAAACCUUGGAGUUAUCAUAGAUUCAGAUCUAGCAUUCGAUAAACACAUAUCUAAUGUUACUAGAACAGCUUUUCUACACCUCCGUAACAUCGCCAAGCUAAGAAAUGCCCUAUCACUGCAUGACGCAGAAAAAUUAGUACAUGCCUUUAUUACCUCAAGGCUAGAUUAUUGUAAUGCGCUACUGUCUGGAUGUUCCUGCAGUAACUUAAAUAAACUUCAGCUAGUUCAAAAUGCUGCAGCCAGGGUCCUUACUAAAACGAGAAAAUUUGACCAUAUUAGUCCAGUACUAUCAGCACUGCACUGGCUUCCAGUCAAAUUCCGCAUAGACUAUAAAAUUCUCCUGUUAACGUAUAAAGCCCUACACGGGCUCGCUCCUGAGUAUUUACAAGACCUCAUCUCCUGUUAUGAACCACCGCGAUUACUCAGAUCUCAGGGUGCUGGUUUAUUAGUAGUGCCUAAAAUUCAGAGGAGCUCUGCAGGAGGAAGAGCUUUCUCUUAUAAAGCGCCUCAACUCUGGAAUAAUCUCCCCGAAUAUGUUCGGGACUCAGACACAGUCUCAAUCUUUAAGUCUAGACUGAAAACUUACUUGUUUAGUUUAGCUUUUGGUAAUUAAUGUUUUUCCCUUUAGAUAAGGCUGCAGAUUCAGGGGUUCAUGGACAGAGGAAAUUGUGGUAAACUGAGAUGCUGGUGCUGUUGUUCUCCCACUGCACACGGUCACUCAGGUUUGUGGACGGUGGAGUGGGUGGAUGCUGGUGUUUCAGGGUGCCUCCAUGUCUAUGUUACCUUCUGGCUCUCUGCCUUUAGUUAGGCUGUUUUAUUCAGUUCUGCCGGAGUCAUUUGCCACACUCUGAUAAUGUUUUAAUAUUCUCAGUUUUGCAUAAAUCCAGUCAAAACUAAUUCCAUCUCUCUGCCUUCCUCCGAGUUACUGACUGCCCACCUGUCUGACCCGAUACCGAUGUUGGACCCUCAGGCUCUCGCGUCUCCUGUCCGGCCAGACUGAUGGAAGUUUCUGAAGUCAGCUCUUCUCCACCACCACCACAGAUCAGCUGCUCAUCGACCAUCUUACUCUCCACUACAGAUUACAUCCAAGCCAUUAGUGGCGCUAUUACACUCCUGAGUACAUAAAACCUAUAUAGAUGUAUAAAAGACUUUUUAAAUUUCUAUUUAAAAGCCGUUUGACCAGUGGUAGGAUGGUCCCCCCUUUAAUGUGAGUCUUGGUCCUCCCAAGGUUUCUUCCUCCUCCUGCAGCUCUGAGGGAGUUUUUCCUUGCCUCCGCGCUCACUGGGGGUUCUGUAUUCUGUAUUUUCUAUGUGUAAUGUUUUGCCUGAUUCUUUGUCCUGUAAUCAUGUUUCUGUAAAGCUGCUUUGUGCCAACACCUGUUGUAAAAAGCGCUAUACAAAUAAAUUUGAUUUGAUUUGA